UACGGAUCGAAUAUGUUGUUGCCGAAUAAGAUGUCCCAACUGUGGAUUUGGUUUUGUCUGAUUUUCCUUGCGAUCCUGGCGCCAAUGUCCGAUGCGAGAGGAGGUGGAGGUGGAGGCGGACAUGGUGGAGGCGGUCAUGCUGGAGGCUUCGGAGGCGGAGGACGAGGAGGCGGAUUUGGAGGAGGCCGCGGAGGCGGAUUCGGAGGAGGUAGAGGCGGCUUCGGACGAGGUGGCUUUGGAGGACGGGGGCCAGGAUUCGGUGGUGGCGGUUUCGGUGGACCAGGAGGCUUUAGAGGAGGACCUGGAGGUUACAGAGGCUACGGAGGAUAUGGCGGAUACGGCCGAUAUGGCGGCUAUGCCGGAUUCGCGGGAGUUCUUCCGGUGCCGCUGCCCGUACCUUAUCCUGCCGCCUAUAACCGAUGCUACUACGACAAUUACUAUUAUAAUUACUACUACUGCUGAUGUGAUACGGUUAUAGAUGGUUUAUUUAUACAAAUUACAAUCAACACGUUGCUUUAGUUACAAAGAUUAUGUAAAGUUACCCAGAAAUUCGGGCUGUAGACAGUUCUCUAAAUAUUCCAUAUCUCAUUUAA